AUGGGCAGUGGAGGAUUGACUCACUACGAAACUAAGAACAGCAGGUUGGAGGAGGAGAGCAAUGAUGUGCAAGAGGUUAAAGCCGAGCUUAACGAGGAUGUUAAAUGGCUUAUGGUUACUGAUGAAGAUGAGAAUGUAAAGGAAGACAUUUGGGAAGACAUCACCUCCCCUGAUAUUCAUGCAAAGGUAACAGCCAUUCAAGAAGCGAACAUCACAAGAAUUGAAACUGAGGAAGUAGAAGGGGAUGCCUUUGAACAUGACCAGUGGCUGGACAUCACGGAAGGAGAAUCUUGGGCUGAUAUUGUCUCAAGGGAGAUUCCCCUAGAGGAUAUCACUGUGUUUGAGGUGGCGAGAAAUCUCCAGUGGUCGGAUCAGGUCGCUGCAGAAUAUGAAACAGAGAUUCAACCCACUACCGAACAAGUACACUCUUUUGAGAACCAUGUCGAGAACGUUUCUCAAGAUACCGAAAUGAAAGAAACUGCAGAAGUCCAAGAGAGCUGUGGGGAAAACAAAGUGGUUGAUAAGGAGAUAAAGGUACUCCGCCUUACUUGGGAAGAGCUUCUCUUAGCAGAGAGACACAUGGCAUCGGUUUACGUGGAAGAGUUGAGUUCAGAUCAGAUCAAAUCAACAAGACUUAGUUUGGCACAAGAAGAUCCUGCAAUCCAGGCCUCUAGGGCCACAUCCAGUGAUAAGGAGAGGUCCAAAGGAAAGAAGACACGAAGAAAGGAAAAAAGGAAACAGACGUUAAAAAGUGUGGCUGAAGAAGACCCUGCUAUUCUGGAUUACAGGGAAAUACCCGGCCAUGGGGAAAGGUCUAAGGUCAAAAAGAGAAGAAGGAAACCAAGAAAGGAAAGAGAAGAAGCAAAACAAACAUCCCCAAGCAUGGCUGAGGAAGACCCUGCUAUCGUGAAUUAA